UUUGAAUGUGUUUUUUAUUGAUCCACUUGUCAGGUAUUUUCAACACGUCAAAUUAUAUAAUAAAGUUCUGUAACGAAUAUGCCAGAGAAAGAGGUCAAAAAAUUGGAAGGAAUUAGUAGAAUAUUCAACUCUACCACAAUAAAUGGCCGGGCAAAUGUUGCUAAAGCUACCUACGCGGCGAUAGCCUUAGCAUUCAUAUAUUUUAGAUAUAUACGGCGGAAACCAGUUCAAAAAGAUGAAACUCCAACGGAAACAAGUUUGCAUCGAAAAUGUAUAUAGGGAAAGCCACGAGAAGGAACCUUUUGAAUGGAAAUGUUUAGUUUGAAUAAUUAAUUAAAUCGCCUUAGACUAUAA